AUGAGUUAGCUAGCUAAGUUAAUGGUUAACCAGACAAGAUUUUGUACGUUAGCACUAAACUCAUUUUCUCGCCCUCGCCAGCAGUUACUGUAGAGUUGACACCCAGAGGUCCGCUGAAGAGGAGGAGGGAAGAGAACAAUAUCCCAUCCACACCUGUCAAUGGUUCCAUGGAGGACGAUGGUAAAUGUAAAUAGCUACUAGUCGUAAAGGCAUAGUUUAUCCUCCUUUACUCCACUAGGACUUGUGGAGGUUAAACAGAUGAUUGAGAUUUUAAUACUUAUUUAUCUUCUGCUUUCCUUUCCCAACUCAAGAGUCCCCCAGCAAGAAGAAUAAGUCUGAGAUGGGAGUGGCAGGGGAUGGCAGUGGUGAUGAGGAUAAGAUGGAUGUCCAGGAGACCACUGAGGAUGAAGAUCUGGACCCGAACGAGGAGAUGAGUGCGGAGGAAGACUCCUCCCAUCACCAUGUCACACAGCAAAAACGUGAGUUCAGGAGGACCUCACUACCAUUCACCCCAACCUGACCAAAUCCACAUAUAGGAAACAGAACUGAACCUUGAUCCUUUUUUCAUAUCCUACUUAUAGGUGCAAUAUGCAAAAAUCGCUCCGCCAUUUCCUGGUUGCAAAAAACUAGUUUACCUCAUUUCAGUUUGUGACAACACAAACGCUCAAGAGUGUAGAGAAUCAUUGUACCAUCUAAACUGCUGUGAAAUAUCAUUUCAAUAACCAAAAAUAUUGUAUUUUCAUCUGUCUGAAGCUGUUGUAAAAAACCGAGAGUGAAAGACACAAAAAAAACUCAACUUAAGAACGGGAAGCAUAGAAAUAACACACAUAGAACAGAUCUACGGCUUCUUAGACUGGCUUUCAAUGAGAAUGACAGAUCUAUAACUCACAUUUCUAUGUGAAUUUGGUCGGGUCGCCCAAUAAGUUACAUAUUGCAGCUUUAAUGGUACAUACUAGGCUUGAUGAUUUGUCCUGUGGCUUACCCAUCCUGUAACAGGUCCCUUUGGUAAAAUGUUGAUGGGGGACAUGAGUGUGAACACACCCAAUACGGUCGGUGUUCGCUCCCUAGAGACGGUAGAUCCCAGGUUGGACCUACGGAGUCGCAGAUCCAUUCACACAACAGAGGAGCUGGAAACAGAUCGUCUCAAAGCCAAGAGAGGUAGGAGCUCAUUUUAACCUCUGAUCUUGACCAUGUUUAAGACCAGUGAAUAUCAAACUGAUAUUUUUCUCAUUUGAGGGCUUUCAUACAACCCAUGUUUUCCUAAGGCCAUGUGUUUGUUUUCAGUGGAAACGUCUAGAAAAGCUGCUUCUGGUACCAAGUCUGGAACCCAAUUCAGACCCCUGGCGAACCGACCAGAGGUUCUGACUUACAAGACUAGCAGCAUGGCAGAGUACAGGGAGAAGAUGGAGGGGAAAGCCGAAAGCACUGGUAAGAUGACGAGCUAAUGUAGUUUGACCUUGUCCUCCUAUUCAAUCUAAAGUGGGAUGUAUUUUGACACUGUUCUCUGUGUAGGAUUGGCCAGAGCUAACCACCGUAGCAUGAGAGGGUACCCCACCUCUGAAGAGUCCUACAAAUCAAGCUGUCGGGUGAACAAUAUUCCUACUCGAAAACAAACCACGCAUCUCCAAAAACAAGGUACCAUUAUAUGUUUACUGGUGCAUUUUUAUUGAGGAAGUAGUGUUUGAGAUUAUUUCAGUAUUAUUUCAAUAUGAAUAUUUUUCUAUUUUAAGAUAUUAAGAAAUCAGCUGUUAUCAAGGCAAAUCCUGGGAAAACGUCUGGGGGUAAGUAUUUCUUUGCCUUGAAUUGUCUUAAAGUAUUAUUAUUAUUAUAUUAUAUUAUUUUAAAGUAGGAUGCAUUUUAAUAGUUAUAUUUGUAUUUGUUUCUGGGCUUGGACAUGUUCAUCCUCUCAUCCCUGCAGGGUGCAUGUGGAGGCUGUGUCAGGUUCUGGUGCUGCUUGUCUCUGGUGUUCUGGGUCUCCUGGCCUUCCAGCACCUCCCACUGCCCCACAGGCCUUCAGGAGGUCGUGAGCAUCCAGCUUGGCCUGUGAGAGAGGGGAAGUUUGCUGCUCAGUUAUCUGCCCUGGAGGCCCAGUUCCCCGGCCAGCGCUCUGAGCUGUGGAGGAGGAGCAGGAUCCACCUGGAGAGGCACCUCCAGACGGCCCAGCCCACAGAGCCAGUCAGCCUGAUGCUGACAGCAGGCCGCAGGGGGGAGAGGACGCUGCACUGCCUUGCCCUGCGCCUGGCCAGAGCCGUCUCCUCUGCCCUCAACUCCUCCUCCAUCCUCAAUAUCAACGGAUCCAGCAAGACUGGCCAGGACAGCGACCAGGUCAAGCUGGACAUCGACACCCAGCUGCGGGGUGCCUUCGAGGGGGACCAGUCCGUAGCCGUCGUCCACCGCUUUGAGGAGCUGCCCCCGGGCUCCACGAUCAUAUUCUACCGCUACUGUGACCACGAGAAUGCCGCCUACAAGGAGGUGUUCCUGCUCUUCACUGUUCUGCUGCCUGAGGUGGAGUUAGGGAAAGAGCUCAGUCUGAAUGAGGUGGAGGAGAGGGUCCAUGACUAUAUUACGGCCAGAUUUGUAGAAAGUAACAGCUCAACCAAACCAGGCACCUUCAAUAGCAUGGACCUGGACAAGCUGAGUGGACUAUGGAGCCGUAUCUCCCACCUUGUCCUGCCGGUGGCAGAAGAGAAAAACAUAGAGCAGGGAGUAUGCAUGGGCUGA